CCCAAUUUUACAGAAAAUCAGACAUGAUACACUGUGACAGCAUUUGGAAAUAAACUUUGGCAAUAAGAUGGAAGCAUAAAUCUCAAGACUUUAAACCAAAACAGAAAUGGCUCGUGAGUAUUGAAACAAGAGAUCGAAGAGCCUCCAACACUUCCGUGUGAGCAGUGGAAAAGGAACAACUACCAUGGUAACACUAAUAACAGAAAAGCUGCAGAACCAGAGCUUGGAUGAUCUGACGUGUAAAACGUACAAUAUUAAUCUGUACUCGUCUGAGAAGCUGAAUAAAAGUGGCAGCUUGUUCCCUUUCGACAUCAACGAAGAGAGUCCUUGGAAAGCUUUAAAUGGGGGUUGCCCAAUCCAGACUGACACAACAAGGAAUUCAGCUUACUCUUUCUCAGUGUGCCCGUUCAGCACCAGCACGGCCAGCAAUGGUAGUCUGCAGUGGGAGGACCUUAACGAAAACUCGGGUCAGCCCUUGGCACCGCCAACGAAACGCCACUGUAGGUCCCUCUCUGAACCAGAUGAGCUGUCUCGCUGUCGGUCACCGUGGAAGCCUGGCAAUUCAAAGGUUUGGACUCCUGUGUCAAAGAGACGGUGUAAUAGUGGUGGCAGCGCUACUUUGCAACGCUGCAACAGUCAUGGAAGUGCAACCUUACAGAGAAGCACAAGUAUCAGUCUGCCACAAAACAUACUGUCGCUAAAUAAUGUCUUCACGGUCACCAGCUUCAACACAUCGCCAGUACCCAGACCUUCCUCUGCCAGCAGCGGGUUUGUGGACAGCAGCGAGGGCAGCACAAGCUCGAGUACCCGCUGGAAUUCUGGAGGCCCUUGUGACUUUAACCCAAGGCGCCGCCUCUCCCUCUCCCAGGAGCACAUCACUGAGACGGGAAAUCUCUUGCCUUCAGCCAACAGCACUCCCACCUCCACACCCGAGCUCAGCCGGCGUCAGGGCCUGUUGCGGUGCCGCUCGCAGCCUUGCGUUCUGAAUGAAAAGAAAAGCCGGCUAAAGCGCAGACGGGAGGAGGAUGUACGAUGGAACAGACCAUCAUUAGACUUUUUUAAAAUGACACGGACUUUAAAAAAUUCCAAAAGUCUUUGCUCCCUUGACUAUGAAGAUGAUGAUGAUGACACACAAAUGAAGACGAUUGUGUCAUCCCCAUGUGACUCAAAUGAUCUUAUGAACAUCAUCACCCCUGGUUCCAGUCCGAUGAAAGAACAGCUGGAUGAAGUCAGGCAUCAUGGGUCAUGCCAAGGUAGCUUCCAAACAAGGGAUUAUAAGAAAGCAGCUGCAGUAUGUGAAAGCGAUGAGGACACAAGCGAUUGUGAGAGCACCGAAGAAGGCAUCUUUCCUCUAGACUGUGGGGACUUGGACCUAGAGCAGAUUGAAAACAACUGAGACUCCAAGUUGUGUGCUAGAGUCAGAGUUGUUCUAAAUUAAAAUGAUAGAGGAUUACCUUUGCCAUGCAUAAUCCACGUCCCUGAAUCUCUGUAUUGCCUGUCUUGGGCCUGUGUUAGAAGAAAUGUUUCAGGUGGGGGAAAAACGUGAACCAUUGUUACUUGUUUAGUCUAUUGAUCAAUAUGUGGAUGACAACAAAAAAGUAGGAGGUUAAAUGUUAUUUUGAACAUUAAGGAAUAAUUUUGAUUAAAAAUUUCCUAACAGAUAUUUUGCAUUUUUAUGGCUUUUACAGUUCUGGAGAAAAAGCAUCUCUAUUUUGAAAUGAAUUUUCAGAAGGGCAUUCUAUAAAACUAAAUCUGUCUACAGUGAUUCUGGUGCGGGUAUAUGUUGCUUUUGUUAAAGAGCUUAAUGUGAAAAGUGAACUGCAUAACAAAAUUGGUAAUGAACCUUCAGAUAGAACUCCUAAGUAUCUGGUUGACAACUGGUCCAAAAUACUUAACUGCCAUCUUCGACAGUGUCUGGUUAAAAACACUUCAUAACAUGUACAAAUGUUCUUUUCAUACGUUCAGGACUUUUUGAUCAAAGUAUGGUAGUGACCUUAAAGGUUAACAUUUUCCAUUAUUUUACUACUUGAAUUGUUUUCUAGCCUGAAGCAAUGCUAAUUUAGGUGGGAUAAAACUGCAAGUAACUGCCCACCUACUUGGUCAUUAUGUUUUCUGUGGUUCAAAAGAAUGUACAAGAGCACUUGAACUUUUAGACAGGGACUUUGUAAUGAUCAAUUCCCCAGGAGGUGAUCCCUUCAGCAAUACUAGAAGGAAAAUAGUCCUUGAAUUAAAUAAAAUGACAUUUUGCUUUGCA